AGUUUGUCAUGCGUUUGGGGAUCAGUUGAAAUUUGCGCGCUGCUCUGAGCGGUUGUGUUUAGCGGCGAGUAGCGAAUACGAAUUAAAAAUAUUUAACAAUAAAUAUACACACACAUAUUUUAUUUAACAGUUUCAGCCAAAAGUAACAGUUGCAAGCAAUUGCAAAGUGAACCAAACUUCGUUGUGCCGUUUUUUAGACCGUUACAGUUGCAUUGCAGAAAUUGUCAGUUGAGUGUCGUCAAUUAGUGCAAUUCGAAUUUUUUGAAAUUAAUUAAAACAAAAGAAAAGAAAGGAAUCGUCAACUUGUGAUUAUAUCAAAGAAUCAAUUUAUAACUCAACGCCCACACACACUCGGUUUUAAUAUAUGCAACGAGAGCUAAUUAAUCAAUUUGUUAAAGUGCUGCAUGCAACCACAAUCAAAAGAGGAACAAAGAAAGCAAUAACAACAACAACUGCAACUGUUGCUGCUGCAGUUCAUUGAUCUACGUCUCACAAUUGACAUUGCGCAGUUGUUAUUACAACUUCAGUCACGACUUGAAGUUCAAAGUGCGCCCUAGACAUAACAACAACUACAUAAUAAUAACAGCAACAAACAACACAACAACAACAGCUACAACAUGUCCAACACCUGCCAAAGCAACGCAUCCGUGUUCAUAAUUCUGGGCACAUUGCUGUCUAUUUUUGUGGCAGCUCAAAGUGUUCCAGUUACCUCAACGUCACAAGCCGAGAUCUAUUUGUCGCAGUUCGGUUAUCUGCCCGCCUCGGCACGUAAUCCGGCCAAUAGUGGACUCCAGGAUAGACACACCUGGGUCAGUGCCAUACAGGAAUUCCAGAGCUUUGCCGGCCUCAACAUCACUGGCGAACUGGAUGAGGAGACUAAGAAAUUGAUGUCACUGCCACGUUGCGGUGUGAGGGAUCGUGUGGGAACUGGGGAUAGUCGAUCCAAGCGUUAUGCCCUCCAGGGUAGUCGCUGGCGUGUCAAGAACCUCACCUACAAGAUCUCCAAGUAUCCCAAUCGAUUGAAGCGCGUCGAUGUCGAUGCGGAAAUUGCACGUGCCUUUGCCGUCUGGAGCGAGGAUACGGAUCUAACUUUCACCAGGAAGACAUCGGGACCAGUGCAUAUUGAAAUCAAAUUCGUUGUGAGCGAGCAUGGGGAUGGCGAUGCCUUUGAUGGCCAGGGCGGCACUUUGGCCCACGCUUUCUUCCCUGUUUUUGGCGGCGAUGCGCAUUUUGAUGAUGCCGAACUUUGGACAAUUGGUUCACCACGUGGCACGAAUCUUUUCCAGGUGGCAGCCCAUGAAUUUGGUCACUCUUUGGGUCUCUCGCAUUCGGAUCAGAGCUCAGCUUUGAUGGCGCCAUUCUAUCGUGGCUUUGAGCCCGUUUUCAAGUUAGACGAGGACGAUAAGGCGGCCAUCCAAUCGUUGUAUGGACGCAAGACUAACCAAUACACACCCACCAAUGUCCAUCCGGCAGCCAGUACACAGCGACCAUCGAUCACACCACCAAGGGUGCCUCUGGAUGACUCCAUUUGCAAGGACUCGAAGAUCGACACGCUCUUCAACUCGCAGCAUGGUGAUACCUAUGCCUUUAAGGGCGACAAGUACUACAAGCUGACCACGGACUCUGUGGAGGAGGGUUAUCCGCAACUCAUAUCCAAGGGCUGGCCAGGAUUGCCGGGCAACAUCGAUGCUGCAUUUACGUACAAGAACGGCAAGACGUACUUCUUCAAGGGCACCCAAUACUGGCGCUAUCAGGGCAGUCAAAUGGAUGGCGCUUAUCCCAAGGAAAUCAGCGAGGGUUUCACUGGCAUUCCCGAUCAUCUGGAUGCGGCAAUGGUCUGGGGCGGCAAUGGCAAGAUCUAUUUCUUCAAGGGCAGCAAAUUCUGGCGCUUCGAUCCCACCAAACGGCCGCCUGUGAAGGCCAGCUAUCCCAAGCCCAUCUCGAACUGGGAGGGUGUGCCAAACAAUUUGGAUGCAGCGCUCAGAUACACCAACGGAUACACGUACUUCUUCAAGGGUGACAAGUACUAUCGAUUCCACGAUGCACGAUUCGCGGUGGAUACGGCCACGCCGCCAUUCCCAAGACCUACAGCUCAUUGGUGGUUCGGUUGCAAGAACACACCCUCAUCCACAGGUAAUAUUGUUGAAGAAGAAGCACAAGAAUCUGAGCAGCGAUCGCAGCUGCAUGCAGUUGAUGAUGGUAACGGUGAUAUUGACCUAGACGCAGCCGUUGGGGAUCACCAAUCAAAUGAUGAACCCGUCGAACCCGAAUAUUCGGAACGGACUGGAUCUGGUGCGAUGUCUAUAACCCAGCUGUCCAGCAACUCGGCUGCGAGCGUGCUCUUCAGCACGAUUCUAUUGUGCUGUAUCUCCAAAUUCAUAAUUAGCUAAAAUACCUUGCACAUAUUGAGAACUAUUCGGGGAUUUAUUUCCCCAGGAACAAAACAACCCGAGUAAAGUUUGUAAAAUUUUACCGCACGUUGCUAAAUUUGUGGGCUACCAACAUAUUUGAUUUGUGUAUUCGAAUAAUGAUAAAUAAUUAAUAAUAAUAACGAUAAACAAAAAAUAUCAUGUGAAACAGGUGCCUUAAAUUCGUUGUUGUGUAAAUACAAACAAAUCCCAGCAUUAAAUAUAAUUAAACUUAGUUUUUAACAUUCCACAAUAUGAAAAAAAUGAAUGAAAUAGACAAAAUACUGAACAUGAUGAUAUCAGGAAUUAGUAAUCAUAUCAAUGCCGAAACUACAAGUAUGUUAUGUAAUUUGAAAGAUGUUAAAUAUGACAAUUUGCGAUAUUAACUAUAACGAGCCAUAAAAAAAUGUGUAAAACAGAAUGCAAGCGAUUAAGCAAUUAAUUUAAUUGUACUUUAGUUUAGUUCGAAUUGUUACACUGACUAAAAGAACGAAUUGGAAAUUGUUUAGUUUGUGCCAGGUGCUGUAACAAUUACAUACAUAUAUUUACGAA